AAGCGGAUGUACAUUUUUAACUUUGCCGAAGAAGAAACCAAACGAAAACAAUCACACGCCUCCUGCAGCUGUUCUUUUUCCUGCACGUUUUCUGCAUUUAGUCACAGUUUCGACAGAAAGGACACUAUGCCCGUAAUAUGUGCGGCGAUAGGGUGCAACAAUAAAUUUGUCAAAGGGUCUGAAAUCAGAUUUUACAGGUUCCCACUCAGCAAACCUCAACUUGCCAGCAAAUGGGUGCACAGCUUGGGGAUGAAAAACUUCAUCCCAACUGCCAACACCUGCCUCUGCUCAGAGCAUUUCAGGGCCGACUGCUUCAGGGACUACAAUGGCAAACAGUUUCUGAGGGAGGAUGCAGUGCCCACCAUAUUCAGCCAGGGGCAGGAUUCAUCAAAGAUUGAACUUCGUAAAAGAGGGGUGGUACCAAAGGAGACAAAUGUUGCAAACCAAAUGGGAACACAAGCCGACAGAGACAGAGCGAGAGAGGCUGUCAGUCUACGCAGAGACAGAAGAGGAGGAAUGAGGGUGAGUUUUCUGGGUGGACGAGGAGGCCGUGGAGCAAAACAAACGACAUCCGACAGACAGACUAUUGGAGCCAAGAGCAGAGUGUACGACAACAAAGGCCGACUGCUCUCCAACAGCAAGGACAUGUGCGACUGUCUGGAUGUGGACUGUAUGGGCUGCUUCUACCCUUGCAACGAGUGCGGCUCACGCAAGUGUGGUGUGGAGUGUCGCUGCGACAGGAAGUGGCUUUACGAGCAGGUGGAGGUGGAGGGUGGAGAGAUCAUCCGGAACAAGUUUGCUAUUUAGUUGGCAGUGAAUUUGGGAAUUGCUCUCUCCCUAAUUUCAGCUGUCAGUCUGGCGAAUGGACCUUCCAAAACUGUGGUGCUUCUUUAAAUGAAUCUUCCCUAAUGUUUACCGAUACUAAUCAAACAAUGCAGAACAAUGUAGUUCUGCUGACGGUUGAAUGUGAUUUUUUUAUUGCUCUUAAAACGUUUCCUUUAUUACUGGAGGUGAUUUGUUGUGUUCUCCAGUGAAAAAGGCUCUUUUCUGCCAUUCUGUGUUAAGAAGCUCCUCUAUUAAUGAUUGUUGUUUAAUGUCCGCAGUGUAACAUCUGCAGAGGUGGGAAGAAUUUAAAAGGUACAGUUCACCCCAAAAAAAAAGUGUGAGUUGCCGAGUGUUUGAGAUAUUGGCCGUAGAGAUGCCGUGUCUCGACUAUAAUGGAACGAGAUGGCAUUCGGCUUGUGGUGCUCAAAGCGGCAACAAAAAACAUCCCGUUACAGCUUCUAUUCGACAAACGACAGACAUCUCUAUGACUGAUAUCCAACACUCGGCAACGCACAUCAAAGUCUGAGAAGAAAAAUAUGUAGAGUUCAUUUUUUGGGGUGAAUAUUUCCUUUUCUGUCUCCAGUGAAAUCACAAAUUCCGUUUUGUCCCACUUGGUUGAGAACUUUUGUGUAAUUCAAUAAUUGAUGAAUUUUCUAUUUGAAUUAUUUACAGAAGACAGAAAAAACACAUACAUCAGAACAAUGUAACAUUAGGAUGCACAUAGGGUUUCACAUAACUAUAUAAUCUGUAGUGCCGGUGGUUUAAUCAUGUGGCAUUUAUGAAUAUGAGAGUUUAUGUGCACGUUGUACAGUUUUGUUAUAAAAGUAAUAAAUGUGGAUUUUUGAGGCAUUAUGAGAAAUAAUGUUUUCAUUUUUGCAUAUUGAAUAAAUCUGAAAGAUUUCUCAAA